AAAAGAAAACUAGGAAAAAGAGAGAGAAAAAGCCAAAACCAGCAAGCACACGCAGAACCGCCCGUGCCGCUCGCCGUGCGCCCGUGCCAGUUGGACGAAGACGAGACGGCGAUGGCGGGGUUCCCGCGGCCGCUGCAGGUCCUGGCCAUCCAGAGCUGCGCGGAGGAGGGGUUCUGGGACGCGCUCCGCCGCCUCAAGCUCGACGUCCUCGGCACCGACGACUCCCCCGUCCCCAUCACCGGUUAUUAUACUCCACGCCAGAAUCCCAAGGUUGCAAGCCUCUUAAGGCUAUGCCCAGAAUCAUUAGUGCCACCAUCGGCAUCUGAUAAUUCCAUUGGCUCUAGGAACAAUUGCCCAGUCCCAGGGACCCUCAUAAACACUAAUAACAUGAGGGGAUUCCAAAACCUAGAUAGAGAACUUCUUCUGAGAGCAGAAGCGAAGAAGAUCUUGCAUGACAUUAUGUCCGGUAAAGUAGAAGAGAAUCCUGCUCUUCUAAUUAGGUUCCUUGUGAUAUCAUUUGCUGAUCUGAAGAAUUGGAAGGUAUAUUACAAUGUUGCAUUUCCCUCACUGGUUUUCAACUCUAAAAUGACCCUGCUCAGCCUGCAAUACGCCUCACAAGUGCUCAGCAAGGAAGAGGCAGCAUCCUUGUAUAGAUCAUUGCAAGAGUGGCGUACUUGUAGUGAAACAACAGUAGUUCCAUUCUUUCUGAUUAGUAUAUCCUCUGAUUUGUCUGUCUCUGUAAGACAACUUAAGGACUGGAAAGCUUGCCAGGGGAGCUGUCAAAAGCUGCUAUUUGGGUUUUAUGAUCAUGGCUGUCAAGUGAUACGCUCGCUAGGGCGUGGCAAUGCCAAACUAGAUUUCCCAGGCUGGGCUCUUAGAAACUACAUUGCAUUCCUGAGCAUGCGGUGGAAGAUUGAGAAUGUUCAGUUCUUCUGCUACCGAGAACAUAGAGGGCAACCUGAUCUAGAACAGUCCUACAUUGGUGAAGCAUCAUUUCCACCACCUUAUGGCUGUGAUGACCCUGAUUAUGUACCUGAAGCUAUUGGAUGGGAAGGAGAAAAGCCUGGGAAGGGAACAAAAGAAAUGAAACCGAAAGAAAUAAAUCUUCAAUCGAUGAAUCCGGCAAGUCAGGAUGAAGAAAAACAACUGAUGCAUUUGAAGCUUAUGGGGUGGCGCCACUUUCCAGUGAAUAUAGACAAGUUAUCUCGUGUUCGAGUUCUUUUGUUGGGUGCUGGAGCUCUUGGAUGUGAAGUUGCCCGCCUACUUAUGACCUGGGGUGUACGAAAACUAACAGUGGUUGACAAUGGUUAUGUUGCCACGCCUGAUCUUAUCAAACAAUCACUCUACACAGACAAUGACUGUGGAGUCCCAAGAGCGACUGCUAUAGUUCCACAUCUAAAAGAAAGAUGUCCUGCAGUGGAGGUUGAAGGCAUCCAGAUGGAAAUACCAAUGCCUGGGCAUCCUGUUUCUCUCAGCAAAGUAGCAACUAUGCUUGAUGAUUGCAAGCGUCUCCAAACAUUAGUGGCUUCCAGUGACGCAGUCUUCUUGUUAAUUGAUGGGUGGGAGAGCAGGUGGCUUCCAACUCUUCUCUGCGCAAACGAAAACAAGAUUGCCAUUACUGCAGUAUUAGGAUAUGACAGUUACCUUGUCAUGCGACAUGGUGCUGGUCUAGGAACAAGAAGUGGGGGUAUGAAUGAAAUGACUGCUCAGAUAGAGAAAUUGUCCACAGAAGAUGCUCUUGGCUGUCAAAGAUUGGGCUGUUGUUUCUGCAAUGAUACUGCUUCAGUUAUUAAUCCAAUUCCUAAUGGAAUACUAGAUCAACAAUGUGCAAUACCUGGACUGACCUCGAUUGCAUCUGGCAAAGCAGUGGAGCUCUUUGCUAGGAUGUUACACCAUCCAGAUGAGAUACAUGCUCCAGGAGAUAUUGCUGGUACAGACACUGAACAUCAGCUUGGUAUUUUGCCACAUCAGCUGCGAGGAUCACUCCCUAAGUGUGUUUUGUCAACUGAAUUAGGCAAUUCGUCAAGCAAUUGUACUGCAUGUUCUAAUGCAGUUUUGUCAGAGUAUAGAAGAAGAGGAUUGGAUUUUGUCAUAGAGGCCAUCAACAACCCAACAUAUCUAAAAGAUCUAACAGGCAUUUCGGAUUUGAAAAAGCUGGAUGCUUGUCCUAAAAUGCCGGCCAGUAUCCCUGUAAAUUCAGACAAGUUUUCCGAUGUCCGAUGUCUACUGUUAGGUGCUGGGACUCUUGGAUGUGAUGUUGCUCGUAUUCUGAUGGACUUUGGUGUACGAAAGCUAACAAUGGUUGAUAGUGGUCGUGUUGUUGUGUCAAAUUUGGCUAGGCAAUCACUCUACACAUCUGAUGAUCGUGAUACCCCCAAAGCGACUGCGAUACUUAGGCAUCUACAAGAGAUGUGUCCUUCGGUGGAUGCACAAGGCAUUCAAAUGGAAAUACCUAUGCCAGGGCAUCCUGUUUCUCCUAGUGAAGCAGCUGGUGUGCUUGAAGAUUGCAAGCGCCUUAAGGAAUUAAUAGCUUCCCAUGAUGCUGUCUUCUUAUUGACUGACACAAGGGAAAGUAGAUGGCUUCCGACGCUCCUCUGCACUGAUGAAAACAAGUGCCUCUUUGCACUGCAGAUUGCGAUUACUGCAGCAUUAGGGUAUGACAGUUACCUUGUCAUGCGUCAUGGGGCUGGUCCUGACAUAAAUUGUGAAGGUUCAGAUGUGGUCGCUUCCACGGAUAAGCUGUCCACAAAGGAUGCUCUUGGACGUCAAAGACUGGGGUGCUAUUUCUGCAAUGAUGUUGUUGCUCCUGUUGAUUCAGUCUCCAAUCGAACACUGGAUCAACAAUGUACAGUAACACGACCUGGUCUAGCCUCUAUUGCAUCUGGACACGCCGCAGACCUCUUCACAAGAAUGUUACAUCAUCCAGAUGGGAUACAUGCUCCAGGAGAGAUUGCUGGCACGAACGGUGAGCAUCUGCUUGGUCUGUUGCCUCACCAGAUACGAGGAUCACUCUCGCAGUACAACUUAUUAACACUCUUGGGCUAUUCCUCAAGCAAUUGCACAUCGUGUUCCAAUGCGGUAUUGUCUGAAUAUCGGAGGAGAGGAAUGGAUUUUGUGAUGCAAGUGAUCAACGAACCAACUUAUUUGGAAGACCUAACCGGCCUGACGGACUUGAUGAAAUCUGCAGCUUACGCUCAGGUUGAGUGGUUAGAUGAAACCGAUGAAGACGAGUUAGUUACGAUCUGAUGUAUCACAUGAUUUUGACAACUGUAAAUAUCUUACCACAAAAUGAUUCACGAGAUGACGAGAAUGACAUUCUUGUAUAGGAUUACUUAUCUCAACAAUAUGAAGCAAUCAAGCAACCACCCUGUAAACACUUCUGACACCGUGACACAUUGCUAGCGUUUACACUUGCAAUGUACGAAAACAAUUCUACACAA